AUGAUGCAGCAGAUUUCUGCCCAAAUGGAAAUUAUCAUGUAUCGUCUGCUGGAACUUCCAAAAUUAUCAAAAAUCAAUCAUUCCGAAAUUGAUGUUUAUCGACGAGAAUCAGAAAUGGUUAAAGAUUGCAUUACGCAUCAUAUUUAUAUGUUUACAAUUGAAGAAAAACUGAACAAUCUUUUUGGCUUCAUGGUCUUUGUACAAUUUUUUGGCACUACGUUAAAUUUGUGUGCAGUUGUUUACCAGUUAUCAAAAAAGAGUUUAAAUAAUGUAAAAUUCUGGUCAGAAACAGGCAUUUUAAUUUGUUAUAUUCUUCAAAUCUUUAUGUAUUGUUGGUCCGGAGAUGAAAUGAUGACAAAGAGUUUAGGUAUUGUAGAUGCCGUGUACAUAAUGGAUUGGACACUCCUGACUGAAGAAACAAAGAAAAAUUUAAUUCUGAUGAUGGUAAGAGCCAGUAGGCCCAUACAGCUAAAUGGUGCAACAAUGAUCACAAUGUCGAUUGCCACUUUUUUGAAGAUAUUAAAAGCAUCGUACUCUGCUUUCAAUUUGUUACGUUCUUUAUGA